GGCACGCGGGAGCGCACGUGUGGGCACACGCAUGCACACACACACUCAAGAACACUCAGAGGCAGGACACAUAGGAGCUCCCUGGAGCUGCAUAUUUGAGGUCUGCUGGCAGCACUCAGUGUUCCCCAAAUGCAACCUGACUCUCAGUCCAUUCCCAUGUCUCCUUCGCACUGGCCUGUGGGCAUCUCCAGGCGGGCACCAUGGAUCUCCUGUCCUAGAGCUUAACGUGGGAGGCGAGUUGUACACCACCACCGUGGGCACCCUGAGAAAGCUCCCAGGUUCAAAGCUGGCAGAGAUGUUCUCCAGCUCCGCUAAGGCCUACACGGAUGCAGAGGGCCGCUUCUUCAUCGAUCGCCCCGGCACCUAUUUCGGACCCAUCCUGGACUACCUGCGCAGCGAGCGGCUGCCCACACACCACAUCCCGGAGGUGUACCGCGAGGCGCAGUUUUAUGAAAUCAAGCCUCUGGUCAAGCUCUUAGAGGACACGCCGCAGAUCUUCGGUGAGCAAGUGGCCCGGAGGCAGUUCUUGCUGCGGGUGCCGGGCUACAGCGAGAACCUGGAGCUCAUGGUGCGUCUGGCGCGCGCCGAGGCGGUGGCGGCUCGCAGCUCCGCGGUGCUGGUGUGCGCGGUGCGCACUGAAGAAGACGCGGUGCUCUGCGCGGAUGCCCUGCGGGUUCUGGAGGCCGAAAAGAGGUCGGUGGUCAAGUUCGGCCCCUGGAAGGCGGCCCCGCAGGUCAAGGACCUCCUCGACUGCGUGAAGAUGGACAUUACGGCCCAGGGGUACCAGGUACACUAUGAACAGUUCUCGGAGAGGACAUUACGGACCAAGCACUUGGGUUACUUUUACACAUUCGUCUUCAUCUGGUGGUGAUCCCCUGGGGAGGGGGGGCGGGGACAGUUUAUUUCAGGUUCUGGUGCGACUUAUGAAAUUAAAAGUUGCCUUCAAAAUUCGUCUUACUUUAAUUAAAAGAAAAAUCAAACAA